AUGCCGCGCCAAGAUCCCAUCAUGAUAAGCAAAACAAGCAAUGUGAAUCCUGUACAUGAUAAGUCGGUUGCAUUGAGCAUCCCCAUGCAGAUCCCGCUUGAUCUGGGACCUCGAAUAACUCCCGGCAUCAAAUUAACCGAGUACCGUCACUCGUCUCAGUAUGUGGGGAUGAAAUUUGGGGCGGCAAAAACAAACUUAAAGGACCGACCCGGUGUUAUCGUAGCUGCUACCUGCAAGCUUAUAGGCGAGAACUUGCCGACCUUUAAAUAUGAUACCCUACCCAAUUUAACUGCCGACAAUCAUCGAUUUCCUGAUUGGUGCGGGCUGGCUCGGGUUCCUAAAGAGAGGUUAGAUAAGGAUCUGCGGGAGGUGGAUGAGAAUCUCGGGAGCAUGUGCUUCAAGGAGGAAUAG